CUGCUGUGGCAGCACACCCCUCCGCCGGCCAGCCAUGGCUUCUUAGCAUCCUGCUCACCUCCUCGCCUUUCCACCAGAAGAAUGCCCGCCGUCGCUGUGUUUGCUGGAACCUCGCUGCCUCCACCCUCCGCUGCUCCUGCCCGCCGAAUGAACGCCCGAGGAAACGGAAUGCCUGUCAGCGGCUUCGGAUCCUGCGCGUGAGCUUUGGACACUAAACUCCCGAUGACAUUGAUAUCCACUUCUUCGGCGUUCCGCACUUUCUUCAGGUAACAUCUCCAGAAACAGCUGCUCUUCCGUCGGCAUGGACAGCGCGACGAGUGCGCCGGCGCCCGCUGCGCAUACCAAGCAGUAUGUCUUCGUCGACGAAUACAACCGCCACAAGCGCCUCAAGGUCAUGCGCGCCUGCGAUGGCUGCCGAAAACGCAAGAUUCGCUGCGAUGGCGCCCUGCAAAAUGGUCCAUGGCCCUGCGGCGCCUGCAUUCGUCUGAAGCUCAAGUGCGUGCCGCCGACUCUCGACCAGGACGAUGACUGCCAGACGCCCGACAGCGCCACCGGCCAGCAGACCUUUUCUUUCCAGAACACCACCUUUCCCAAGACCAGUCCGGCGGCGACGAAACCAAAUGGCGUCUCUUCGCAGCCGCGGAUGGUGCACGAAUGGACGAACAACGUGCCUCCGACAACACCCACAUCUGCUCCAGCAUAUCAGCCCGAAUAUUCAUCGAACACAUACUCUCAUCAACCCAAUACCCGGCCGACUCAGCAAAGCUACCCUCAAGGCAAUUUCUAUGCCGGCACCUCUACGCCUCUGCAGUACCCGCAAAGUGGUGGCCAAAUACCAAGCUUCAUCAGGUCUGGUACAGAGGUGUCUGAAGCCUCCAGCGGCGAUGCACAGGAAAUCGAAGCUGGUGUACGUGAGCUCUCCAGUGCCAUGGGCGACCUCCAGAUCGACAUCACUUCUGCUGCUCCAUACAUAACACGUGCACAGCUCGCACCAGACGCACCCGGAAUGGAUGAGGUGGAAGUCGUGCUUCCUGCGUCAGUAUUGGCAGACUCCACGAUCCGCAUUCCACCUGAAAUGAUGCCAUCCGACGAACGGGCGACAUACUUUUUCAAUUAUUUUUUUGACCAUAUUCAUCCUUACUGCCCGGUAUUGCACAGAGCGACAUUUCUGGAGAAAUGGCGCACGGACCGGCAUAGCAUGUCUCCGCUGCUCCUAGAGGCCAUAUUUGCGUGCGUGGCUCGAUAUCUCGAACAGCCUGUAGAAUCACGCAAAUGGCUAGCACUGGCAAGCAGACAUGAAGAAAGCUUCAAGGAUGUACCCAGGCUCGAUACAAUCCAGGCUAUGAUUAUCCUGAUGAAGGCACGGGAGAGUAUUUCUAAACGGGGUUAUUAUUAUCGGUCGUGGAUGGCAGUGAAGUAUAUGACCACCAGUGCCAUUGAUCUCGGGCUGGAUAUUCACCACGAGCAACACCGGACCACGAAUAAAUGCAAUCACAACAGGACUGAGUGCAUGCUGCGCACGCGAAUCUGGCAGACAUUGUUCACUCUCGAGAUCCUCACAGGCGCGCCAAUGGGAAGAUCAGACUUUUCGGUCGACAUCGAUUCUGUCCAAUAUGCUUUACCAACGCCAACGAAUGACAUUGAUGCAUUCGAACAUCUGGCAUCCCGGAGAUCGACGAUACUCGCGCAGGCCGUGAGGAACAUCAAGCAAUCCAAUAUUUUGUGGCAGACCAUGAAACGAUAUAAGAAGGACUGGGCUCUCGAUCCAAGUUUUGUGCAACAUAACGAAGAUCUUCCAAUUUGGGCAGAGAAUCUACCGAACGAUUUCCAGCUCCAAUACAGUGAUGAUGGCAGCCCACCUUGGCUCGGCGCAGAUCAUUACAAGGCCUACAUUCACGUGUAUCAUCAUUUGACCAUUAUUAUGCAUCAUCGGCCACAAUUGCAGGCGCUGUUAGCCAAAGGUGACCCUGGCUGGAAGGACCAGCUGGAAAUCUGCUUGAACUCGGCCAUGCUCAUGUGCCGUAUUCAAGAAGCUCUCUAUCGCGAUUUUCAGUUCCACGGCCUGCAGUUCAUGAUUCGUGGAGUCAACUUCACGAUCUAUUGUGUGCUGACAUGCAUGAUGCUGCACUUGGCCGCGAUUACCUGCCCAGAUCCGAAGCUGAACACUCAAGCCCGCAUCUACUUCACUCGCCACAUGCGCGUGCUUGAGCAUUGUAUCACAUCUGCCAAUGCAGAGAUGCAAGCUCAGAUCAACACACUCCGCGAGGCCUUCAGUGCCGAUGUCACUCAGCCCUUUGAACUCAAACCUACUCUGGGCCUAAGGAGCCCGGUUAUGGAAAAUCACUCCACGCCGUCGAGCACGAAUUCGGAUCCAACGAACGCCCGAGUCCUGACACAGCCCACCUGGAAUAUGGCCGAUGCAGCCAACUCGAAAUCCAUGUCAGCAAGCGUCAACUAUGCAACUGCCUUUGAUGGUGGCGCCAGCCAUGGCCUGUCUGCGAGGCCAUCGAUGACGCAUCACGACGGGAAUUAUGAUUUGUCGCAGACAUCACCAUAUGCGCCGUCUGCCAUGCAACAAGUAUCAGCGGCACAGACCGGGUACGCCUUAGAGCCUGUCAUCAGCAAUGAGCAACACACGCCUGUCUGGGAUCCAUCUGGCAUAUUCAACCAGUGGAACGCAGCAUUCGGCGGUGGUGCUCCGCCUCAAGCUACGCCCCCAGGUCCUGCUAGUAUGCAACACACAUCGGCACCGAUCAUGCAGAACCAGACCUCUCCCAUUAGUACACACGCGAUGUACGGAGCGCAGCAGAUUCCAGUGUCCAACCCAGUCAUACCGGACACAAGCCCGCCGGCUAUGCCAAUGGUCACUCCGGUGAUGUGGCAAGAUGCAUUCACAAGCGCCUAUGUCUCAGGACAUGGUCAAAAGCGGUACAGGGAAGCAAGUGUGGACCAUUCGGCGUAUGCGCACUAUGCAACGUCGAAACGCCGUGGCUGAGCGAUAUCUCAACAGCAGCCUUCGUGUCUUGGAAUAGACAUGAAAUCCACCAGGCCGAGGAUGUGGCGGUCAGAUGCAAGACUGCCAACCUCAAAUCGUUAGAUCUACGACCGUAGCAACGAUGGACGCGAGAGUAGCGAGACGGCGAACUAUUGAGAGGCAGGGAGCGGCUGCGCUAUCAUCCUCCACUCGGCGCACUCGGGUUCCGACUAGAAAAGGUCAUCACGUGCUUUCGAGGCCGGCGAGACCAGGCCGUGCCACUCGCCCAUGGAAAGCCCGUGCUGGGAGACUCCGGUGCGGAGGAGCCUGACAACCUUCUGUUCAACGCUGCCCAAAGCUUGGUCCAGACUGGCUGGGGAGCUCCGAACAAGGUGCGAGAUUCUGUCGCUGGUCGACAUCACCUCGACAACUGAAAGUCUCUGUUUUCUUCCCUUUCCCCCGCAUCCUGACACAUUCUAUCAAAUUGUCGAAUCACGUUCGAAGUUGAUACGCAUGUGGGGUUUUGCUGUAGAUACCCCAGCACGAAUGUACGAAAGAACGACGAUGCCUGCUUCAGCACCUCCAAAAUUGCAUAUACGAAUGAGAAUGGAACGAUUGUUGAUAUUACUACUCAGUCACAAUUUGCGUCCUGCCGCUACUUACC